CCAGUCCUGUCUUUCACUCCAAGCAAGCACUUGUUCCCCUCUCCACUAUAAAAGAACGAACAAUAAAACCCAAAUUUCAAUUUAAUCUCACAUCUCAGCUAAAAUUGUUUUAAAUCUUAUAGCUCUCAAGCCGCCACCGUCUUGGUUCGAAGAUGAUUCUCAGAAUCCGCAGCCGAGACGGCCUCGAACGAAUUCAAGUCGACGGCCCUCACAUACCAAUCUCCCAAUUGAAAGCCCUAAUCGAAUCCCAACUCCAAAUCCCCCUCCAGGACCAAACUCUUUCCACCGAUCAAAACCUUCUCUUAGCUAACCCCGCCGACCUCCUCCGCUUCAGCGACAUGGCCGACCCUUCCACCCCACUCUCCGCCCUAAACCUCUCUCACGGAUCCAUUCUCUUUCUACACUACCACGGCGAACGCACCGUUCGUGGCUGCCCCGCCGUGUCUCCCGCCGGCUCAUUCGGCCGCAAAAUGACCAUGGACGACCUUAUCGCUAAACAAACUCGGAUCACCCGUCAGGAGUCCCCUCACUGCGACUCCGUUUCCUUCGACCGCGAUUCUGCCAACGCUUUCCAACGAUACGUCAACGAAACGUUGGCGUUUGCUGCCAAACGCGGCGGGUUCAUGUACGGCACCGUUUCGGAAGAAGGUAGAGUGGAAGUUGAUUUCAUUUACGAGCCACCUCAAGAAGGAAUGGAAGACGAUUUGAUCCUUUUAAGGGAUCCUGAAGAAGAGAAAUUGGUUGAUGCCAUUGCGGCAGGGUUAGGGAGGAAGAGAGUAGGGUUUAUUUUUGCGCAGACGAUAAUGCAGGACAAAAAGGACUACAAUUUUUCGAACAAGGAGGUUCUACAGGCGGCAGAGCUUCAUGCGGAAAGUGGGCUGAAGGAGUGGGUGACGGUUGUAGUGAAGCUGGAAGCCAAUGAAGAUGGGGGUGCGGACGUGCAUUUUGAGGCUUUUCAAAUGAGUGAUAUGUGUGUUAAGUUAUUUAAUGAAGGGUGGUUUGUUACUGAGUUUGGAGAGAAUGAUGAUCCAAAGCUUUCAAAGAUGAAGAAAGACGUUGUUGUCGGUGGGAAAGAUGUUAAGGAGGUUGAUAAUGAUUUCUUCUUGGUGGUUGUUAAGAUUUUCGACCAUCAGGGACCUCUUUCCUCGACCUUUCCCAUUGAGAAUCGAAACAACCUUGUGACACUAAGGACACUGAAGAGUCACCUUGAUAGAACAAAGAGUCUUCCUUUUGUGAAGAGAAUUUCAGAUUUUCAUUUGCUGCUGUUUCUGGCCAAGUCUCUUGGCCUUGGUUCCGACGUUCCUGCACUCGCAGAGUGCGUUAAAGCACAGGCAUCUGUGUCAGAAGGUUAUCAGCUCCUAAUCGAGUCCAUGGCCAACACAUCUUAAUGUUAAAUACACGCUUCUAUGUUUUUCGAAUGUACUGUAUAUUUAUGAUUAUAACAAAUUACUUUAUGCCGUUAUUUGCUAGUCUCGUUAGUAGUCUCAGUUGAUUUCAAAAAAAUUUCUGCUGUGCUACAGAGGAGCCACUCCCUUGACAGUUUCAAGUUAAAAAGAACUGGACUGUUUCCCAGCAGGCUUAAUAUUGUGUAUUAGAUUCAAAGCUGAAAAGUGAUAAUCUGGUCGAUUGUUUUCCGUUACCCGAAAGUGAGUCGAGUCAGAUUUGAUGUCCAUUUAUGUUUAUCAGAUUAUAGCGUUUAUCUA